UAUGACUAGGACGUGCCCGCCACCGUGAGGGCCAUUCGAAUCCAGUAUUAGUGCGGUGUAGAUUGUGCGGUGUUUUCCCUUUAAAAGAAAUCACCUUCUACGAGAACCACCCCGUCUCUUUUUUUCCGCCUUCGAUCGAUAUACACACAAUAAGUGUAUAAAACAAAAUGCCUUUCAAACCAGUCGAACAUCCAAAAUGCCCGAAAUGCGGCAAAUCCGUUUACGCCGCGGAGGAACGUGUCGCUGGUGGACUCAAAUGGCACAAAAUGUGCUUCAAAUGCGGUCUCUGCAGUAAACUUCUCGAUUCAACGAACUGCUCCGAACACGAAGGUGAACUUUUCUGCAAAAAUUGUCACGGACGUAAAUUUGGACCCAAGGGAUACGGUUUUGGCGGUGGAGCCGGUUGCCUGUCCAUGGAUCAAGGCGAGCACCUCAAGAGUUCCGAUGAAAGAAUAUCGAAUGCAGUGAUGGAAUCAAGAGCAAUUGCAAAAGCUCCAGAGGGUCAGGGAUGUCCCAGAUGUGGAGGUUAUGUCUACGCCGCUGAACAAAUGCUGGCUCGUGGAAGGCAAUGGCACAAGGAAUGUUUUAAAUGUGGGAACUGCAACAAGCGAUUAGACUCGGUUAACUGCUGCGAAGGGCCUGACAAGGAUAUCUAUUGCAAAGUAUGUUACGGAAAGAAGUUUGGACCUAAGGGUUACGGUUACGGCCAGGGUGGUGGCGCCUUGCAGAGCGAUUGCUACGCCAAUGGUGAUGCUGCUCCUCAUACGACUGUUGUCGAUACUGCAAGUAUCAAAGCCCCUCCUGGAAAAGGGUGCCCUCGGUGUGGAGGUGUAGUCUUUGCAGCUGAACAAGUCUUGGCAAAGAGCCGUGAAUGGCACAGAAAAUGCUUCAAGUGUCGGGACUGCAACAAAACACUAGACUCAAUUAUCGCUUGCGAUGGUCCCGAUAAAGAUGUUUACUGCAAAACUUGUUACGGAAAGAAAUGGGGACCUCAUGGUUAUGGAUUUGCUUGCGGUUCUGGAUUCUUGCAAACCGAUGGACUCACUGAAGAUGAAAUUUCGUCCAGCCGCCCAUUCUGCAAUCCCGACACGACAUCCAUCAAAGCACCAGCUGGUCAGGGAUGUCCACGAUGUGGCGGUAUGGUAUUCGCCGCAGAACAGCAACUCGCCAAAGGCACAAUGUGGCACAAGAAAUGUUUCAAUUGCGCCGAAUGUCAUCGACCAUUGGACUCAAUGCUAGCCUGCGAUGGUCCAGACAAAGAGAUCCACUGCCGUGCCUGUUAUGGUAAAUUGUUUGGACCCAAAGGUUUCGGAUUCGGUCACGCUCCGACUCUUGUCUCAACAAACGGUGAUCAAUGUCCCUCAUAUAUCGACUCAAAACCACAACUCGGUCAGAAGCGAAACGAUGGUCAUGGAUGUUCUCGCUGUGGCUAUCCAGUUUACGCCGCUGAGCAAAUGAUCUCUAAAAAUAGAGUUUGGCACAAGAGAUGCUUUAGCUGUGGCGAUUGUCAUCGUUCACUUGACUCGACGAAUCUCAACGAUGGACCCGAUGGCGAUAUUUACUGUCGCGGCUGUUAUGGCAAACAUUUCGGUCCAAAGGGAGUUGGAUUUGGAAUGGGAGCGGGUACACUAACGAUGGCCUAGUUAUUAAGCUACACUGUAAGAUUAGAUUAGACCACCAAACAACGGUCUAUUCAGACGACGAAACAUUAAUUAACUUCAUCAACUUUAAUCAUUUCGACAAGCGUCAAAAAGAAUGAAAAAUCUACCAAACUUAUGCUUACGAAAGACGAAAACAAAACGAAUAACAAAUUCCUUCUUUCAUAAUUCUAUUUUAUUCUGCAGAAUAUGACGCAGUAAUUUUUAGAAAAUAAUGUAAAACUUCUAAAACUUUUUGAAGUUUCUGAAAACUAGUAGUUUUGCAUUAUUCUCAUAUUCAGGUAAAUACGAUUUUUGGUAUCGCGAAUUAUUUCAUUGUUUCACUAAUAGGUAUGGUGUAUAUCGGAAAUUUUCUGAUUCAAAAUUUCUGAUUUCGCGUAUUUUCACUGUACCACUUAUUUUAAAUUCUUUCACAGGGAAUAGAAUUCGCGAUUCAAAAGUACGAGAUCAAAUUUACUUAUUCAAGAUAUAGGAUACUAUCAUGUAACUACGUAACGAGAGCGAUAUUAUUUUAAAUAAAUAUAUCAUUAAAUAAAA